AUGGAUGAAGCAGAGACAGGAGGAGAUGUGGCUGCAGAGAAGGGGAAGCCCGAACCGGGAGGCGAGUUGAUGUUAUUUGAUGACGGAUCCAUGACAGCGGACAAGGCACAAUCCAGUGCCAUGAGUUUGAUCAUCAACUACGCCGACCCGUCAUUGGCUGCUGGCACUGCUGUGCUGGGCUUGGGCCUGGUGGUGCUUCCUUUCCUCAGCAAGCUGAACAAGCUCUCUUCGGAGGAGACUUUCCGCUACCGAGCUCACAGUGAGAUGAACUCCAAGCAGCCGAUGCGGAUAUUUACC